AUGGAACCCCAACUAGGAGCUGGCCAAGGAGAACCCACUUCGAUAAGAUCAUCCAGCCAGUGUGAGGAUACACCAAAUUUUCUAAUACAGCGAGAUCAUGCCCGGAGCACUGAGUCUCCGGCAGGUGGUAAUAGGCACACAUUAACUCAUCCGGCCACCCAGCACCAGAAGUUGGAGGCGUUACUUCAGAAUCGUAAGCUCCAUAUCAUACCAGAAACCGGAAAGGUCCUGAGCAAGAUUCAAAGCAACAGCGAGCAGUCCAUUCAAACAGCCCAUGUCAACUGUACUGGACACACUGAUAAAGAGGAACCAUAUAAUAUGAACCUAUUAGAAAUAAAUAGUCAAGCGGAAAAACAAUGUGUAGGAUUGGAAUAUCAACCAGCUUGUUCUUCAAAGCUAAAGUUAUCAGCAGACAAUCAAAAGUGUGACCAAGGAGACCAUGGACAUGUUUCUAACUCGACAAAGCCAUCAAUAUCAUCAAAUAGUUUUACUGCACCUUUACAUCAAUCGUCUUCACCAAAAACUUCUCGUUCAGUUAAGUCUAAGAUAUCCGAGCCUAAAGCAACAAAUUCAACUGCACCUUCAAAUGGUAAUCAAGCUGGCCAUCUGAAUACUCGAACAGUAACCUUUUCGAUGGAGAAGUUGGAUCAGAUAUUUAAUGAAAUGCUUGGCAAGACAUCCUUUAGCAGCUCGAUACCAAGAACUGGAAACAAUCAACCGAAUCCGACGACUUCUAUGUCAACAACUUAUACCCCGGUCAACCAAUCGAAGGGUUCCCCAACCCAUUCAGUGCUGGCACAUAGCGCCGAGCCAGUGGAACCCGUAAGCAGUUAUAAGGAGCUACAUUUGUGCAAGGAAAUCCAGUUGGCCAUGAGUGACCUGAAUUUUCAUUCGCCACUGCCCACUCAAAUGUACGCCUGGCCACAUCUCGUGCAGGGUGGAUCCCUGGUGCUGGUGAAUGGCUCUGGCACGGGUCGUUCCUGGAGCUACCUUUCCGUAGUAUGCUCCUCGGUAUUGCGUUCCUUGCAGGAGGCUCCCUUCACCCUUAAGGAUCGCCUUGCUCCGGGUCCCCUGGCCCUGCUGGUCGCGGAUUCUGUGGAGAAUGCCAAGAAAUUGACUUCCCAUUGCGACUUUCUGAUGAGAGACUACCAAACCGAGUUCCCGAAAGUGGUCAAUACACACGCUUAUUCCAUGGCGGAUGUAUACCUUAUAUUACUGAACUCCUGCGGAGUUUUAGUAACAACAAAGAGCCAUUUGCUGGAUAUCUUGGUCAAUACAUUAAACCUGGUGGAUCUGACCAGAUUGCAGUUCCUGAUCUUCGAUGACUUUGAUCGCAUGCGCUUGGGGAAUGCCCAACUCCUCGACGAAGUGCUUGAGAAAGUUUAUAGCUUUGGUUGUCUGACGAUGCAGUUGAUCCUAGCAUCUCAGCAAUGGCAUUCAAAGAGAUUUAAGAAACUCUUAAAGCGAACGAAUAAACCACUUAUACUCUUUGGAGAUUUUUUCGAGGCUGCCCUGUACGGAGGUCUCAAAAUGAAAAUCACUUUAGGUAGUUCCGCCUUGAAGACCAAACAGCUCCUCGAGUUCCUGGCGGCCCAGGAAGAACCGAGACAGCGCACACUGAUAUACUGCAAAGAUCAGGUGGAGCUAGAUCACCUGAAGAUAGUUUUAAAACGAGGUGGCCAUCAAUGUGUGGGAAUUUUAAGAGCACAAAAUCAGGCACCGCACGAGUUGAUGCUGGUCAGCGAUAUUCAGCUCCAGGAACAGCUUCAAGUGAGAAACAUCGAAGUGCUCAUUCACUUCAGUCUUCCGGAGUCCUGGCUGAGACUCGCCAGUAGAUUCCAAACCAUGGCAGGCAGCAUACGUAACUUAUUUACCACACCACCGGAGGCCAAGCAACCUCCUUUGGUCACCUACUUAAUGAUGGACGAGAGUAACUCUAGGGAGUGGUCCCGCACUGUAAAAUUCCUUCAGGAUCAUGGCAUCGCCACGAACGAGUUGAUGUCCUCCAGCCAGCAGAAAAUGGAUGACAGUCUUCCCUACUGUCCACAUCUACUGAUCAGUGGAGAUUGCAACCAAAACCAGUGUAAUAAGCGACAUUACUAUGUUCGCACCGAUCUUCCGGAGCCUGGAAAUCCGGUUCAGCAAGAGGGAACAUUAAUACGCUGCAAGUUGUACAAAGCCUACGAUGCUGUUCAUAUGGCAGUGUGGCCCAUCGAGUAUAAGACCAAGGACUCGACCAGCUGGAUGAAAGUGCCGUAUCCCUCCAAUCCUCCGACAUUAGUGCUUAAAAUGAGCUUGGGAGUGCCAAAGAAGGUACACAGCCCGUGUAAUAUGAACGAUGUCUGUUUUGUGCUGUAUCAGGAAACCUGGAGGAGAGUGAGGAUUGUAGACAUACCUUCUAGAAGUCACGUCACUGUACAAUUCCUGGAUCAUGGCAGGGAGUUAGUGCAGGUUAAGCUGAGUGAGCUAAGGCAGUGUCCGGAGAAGUAUAGAACCCUACAGCCGCUGGCAUUGGAUAUUCGAUUGUCAGGGUUGGUUCCAGCAGGAGAAGAAGGAAAGUGGUCGUCGGACUCGAUUCAAUGGGUUCAGGAAAACUUUUAUGUGGUCGAGGGUCAGGUAAUGCAGAUAUGUGUGGAUUGCGCCGUUCUAGAUGUGGUCUACGUCAAGGAAAUCACCUUAAUUGAGGAAUGUCCAACGAUGCUGACGAGUGUAUACAAAUUCUGUUUAAGAAAAGAACUGCUUCGUCAAGGAUUCGCCAGAGUAGACAGCACAAGCAUCCAACAAUUGAGGCUCUUGCACAAACAUCAAAAACAGGAAAUGGAAAACUGGGAAGCCGACCAGGAAAUAUUUAGUUCGACAAGCAAGAGUACCGAUUUAGAGGAUAAGAAAAUCGAACUUUCUUCUCCCAAGGAAGUAUGCAAUGAAAUGGCCAAGGCAGCGAAGGAAAAAGAGAAACAGGAAGUUAAGGACGUAUCGAAAGAGAACUUUUGUGAAAGGGAUAAUGAGAACAUUGUCGAAAAACCAAUUAAGGAAAAACUGGCCCCAUUCGAUUCACCAAUAGACAGCACUACUGCUUUAUUAAACACCCUGAUUCACGAGCUGAACACUACAAGUCCUUCAAAGAAAAAGGACACUCAACUAUUUAUACACAACCUUAUUAACGGAGGGGAUAACCAGGACAUCCCUAACAGAAAGUCCUGUGCAAAACCUAUAAAACUAGUCAAGAAACUUGAAGUUAAUCAACAAGAGCCUUCGAAGGAACAAGUAACGCAGUCCUUGAACUGUGCCACAAGCUCAGGAGAAGUAGUGCAUCCCAGGGCUAAAUGGCACCAGACCCAAACGCAUAUCGAGCUAACCAUUGAGCAGCGAGUGCCAGAGUAUAAGCUCAUUCUAGAGGGAAACACUUUGAUCUACACCGUGACAGCUACUUCUCCUAAUCAACGAUGCAUCCUGAAUCUCCUGGGCGAGGUGAGGAUCGACAGGGAGAAGCAACAUGGUUACUAUCUACAUGUCAAGUUGGCCAAGGUUGGUUUACCAGUAUACUGGCCCACUCUUCUUAACUCGCUCUAUGCCCAACAACAUUCGCAUUGGCUGAUAUACGAUACUGAGCGUGCUCAGGAACCUCCACCAUCAAUGGGUUUGGUCCUUUGGGAAGGGUAUCUAAAUCGUGAGAAACGAAAUAUCCACUCCAAUCUAGAGGAAGAUGACUUCAAUUCUGCUUCGGACGUCUCUAUUGAACAGGGAGUGGAAUAUGGCAUCGGGGACGAGUCUAUAUUUGACGACUUUUAGGGUUACCACACAUAUUUUUCUUAGCUUUCUACAUCUUUUAUAAACUUGAAUUUAAUUAUCUGUUUUCUUUAUACUUCAAAUUAAAUUUCUUUAUAUCAUUUA